AUGCUUUGGCAUGUCGAAUGUAAAAAAGCCCAACCAAAGGAAGUGAUGCUGCCUGCGAACCUGGCCAAAACAAGGGCAGCCGGCCGGGGAGCCUAUGAUUUUAUGUGGUCUCUGGGAGCUCUACCAGACGGUUUUCCCGCUGCGGCUUACGCCGCUUACGCGGCCGGUCGAGGUUACUCAGGCUACCCUAGUUUCGGACUGCCGUAUCCAACAGUGGAUCUAACCAAUGGACAGCUCACUCCGAAUAAUAACACUCCGCUCUUGACUCAAGCAUUGUCAGGGUCAUCCGGUGCCAGUUGGACGCAGCAGCAGCCUUCAGGAGCCGACCAUCAGAGUACAUCUGCACCCCAACCACACCACUUCUCCGUUUCCUUUGCAGUGAUGAACAACUACCAGGCUGCAGCAGCAGCGGCAGCUCAGGGUUUCGGCCCGCCGACUUCACCCCAUGCCACCAACACCAGGGGCGGGUUCCCGGCCGCCAAUUCGCCGGGUCCCACUAUCGAUAUGUACAACAGCAGCGCCGGAGAUAGCGUGGGGUACGUCCAAGCUGCCAGUCCUCAGCCCAGUAGCUUUCCGGCUAUUGCUGUCAGCAGAGCUCCAUUAAAUUAUAGUCCGGGUAUGGGCAAGAAGAAUGAGGGGGUGUUCCCAUGUGCAUCGAAUUUUCACACACCGUACAUAACAAGUUUUUACCACCUUAUCGACCACUGGAGACAAAAUGGAGUUAGUCAAUCAGCCCUGAAAUCAUGGAGAAAUUUGUAAAUUUGCCUAAAUUAAAAUGUUAACAAAUCGAUGUUAACAAACGUUUUCAAAUGUGAACAGGAACAAGAAAAUAAUAAAACAAACUGGAUGUCGAAAACAGUGAAAGAAUCGUGUACAAUAUGUCAUGACAAGAAUGAAGAUCUGAAAUCGUAUAUUCUUGCACAGUUAUAGAGGUUUGUGUACAAACACCUUGCUGAUAUCUUGAAUACAUGAAAGGAAGACAUCUUCAUACUUUUUUCUUUAGGAUAAAGACUAUAUAGAAGUAGAGGCGUCCUAACAGAUUUUUGAAAAUAUGAGUUUAUCUGAAAUAUAUCUGAAAUAACAAAAAUUUCACCUGAUCUAUCAAUCUCAGAUGGGGUAUUGAUAAUUCAGGUAACAUUACGGUGGCGGGUCGAAUAACCCAUUCACUUUGGACCUAACCUAAACUAAUAUUUCAGCCACAUGUUUGAUUAAUCUACCUCAUGACAUUCACUAUAUUAUUGCAUAUUUGAGGAUUGCAAUUUGUUUGAAAUCAAUAGAGUUUGCGCUCUACUCUUAUGCAAUUAUAAUAUUAUAUUACUCUCAGUAUUUGGGAUUAAUUAGAACCAUCUUGAAUAUUA